AUGUCCUCAUCUACUGAUACACCAUCUUUAUUUGUUACACCACAAACACCACCGAGACAACAACAAAGGAGAAGAAGUAAUCCAGGGGCUAUAUCGACACCAGUUGCUUCGUCGGUAUUAUUGACUCCCUCUACGACAACCAAAAAGCCCACCAGAACUCCAGUAUCACAGAAAAGAAAACAAGGUAUACAGUUGUCUCCACAAGCAAACAAGUUUCCGUUUACUCCAAUCACACCUCAAAAAUCACCAUGCAAGACCAGAAAGAAUUUGGAUUUGUUCACUAGUAACGAGAAAUUUGGUGUAUUAUUGCCAUCACCAUCUACAAUUGGUUCUGGCAGAUGCCAUAACUCUUUCACACAAGCCCCACCUCCAUUAUUUGACUUGAAAAAGGUUAAUGAAUUUAAAGUACCAAGAACACCAGCAAAACAAAUUAUAGACGACUCUAGAGCAAAAGAGUCAGAGAAUGAAGAUGACUGGGAAGUGAUGGAUAUAGAUGAAGUUGCCAAAAUUCCUCGUGAAAAAUUGAAAAACCCGUUCAUAGACACUUAUGAGCCACCGAGUCCUCUUACACAUGAAAAGAAUAACGAGGGCAGUAUUAACUAUGACACACAUAUGGAGUUGAUAAACAAUAAAACUGGUAAGAAAAGAGUUGUAAAGUUGACGAAGAAUCAAAUGAAAAUUAAACCAAAGAGAUUAUCAUUUGAUAAUAUAUAA